AUGGAGUGCCGAUAUCAAUCUAUCUUUUUCGAAAAUAUGUGGAAAUAUGUCACGCGGAGGUUUCGGGAUACGUUGGAGCGGGGUGCUAAUCAAUUCGAUAGAUGCAGCUCCACCGUAGUCGGUAAUGGUGCUGUCAAUUUUUGUGAGGAGAAAAAUGACAGUCCACCUUGGUGGCUAUCAAUGCGUAGUUCUGAAUCCUAUCAGAACGAGAAUGAGCCAAACCAUCAGGAAUGGAGCCCCGAACAUCAAGACAGAAAUUGGAUGGGUGCCAUUACAUGGGAAAAUGGUGUGAACAUAAGUGAAAACCCGGAGAUACAUGCUGGCCCACCCUGCAAGUGGCUUGCACUCCGCAAAAGAUUUGAGUCCCACCAAGAUGACAAUGGUCCAAAUGACCACAAGUGGAACUUUGGACAUGGAGAUGGGCCAUGGUCGUGGGGAGGCAAGCCAUGGGAACAUGGUGCUGAAAAAGGAGAUGAAAACAAUGUGAAGAAGCCAGGGCCUCCCUCUAAAUGGCGUGGAUUCCGUUGCAAGUCUUUCCAGAAAGGGGAAGGUCCAGAUGCCGAGAAAUGGAGGGAACAUAGAGCUAGAAUUGCCAAGAUGUGGAUGGAUCCCAAAAAAUGGGAAAAUCGCAUGAAAGAACUUCAUGAGAGAGAUGAGAAACAUGUUGGUCCACCUCGUAAGUGGCAUGCACUUCGCUGUCAAACAUACCAAAACGAGAAUGAAAUGAAAUGGAGCAUUGACCACCCAGAGAAAACUUGGAUGAGUCCCAGAUCAUUGGAUAAUCAAUUGGAAACAGUAAAGGAAAAUAAUGAAGAAAAUCCAUCGAGUAAGUGGCUCCAACUUCGCAAAUGCUGCAAAUCGUACAACGAUGAUAAAGGCACUAACAGCAACAAAUGGGGCUUCCAACACUUGAACAAGACUUGGGUGGAUGCUAUAACAUGGAGUGGUGCAGCAGUUUUGGGAUGGUAUACUAGUCAAAUUAUACAUUUUAAAGUGAAGCAACAUUGCAGGAUUCUUGACAUUCAAGAGAAAGCAUGCGCCCCUGUUAACAACUUGGUGAAUUCUGUCCAGCCAUUCUUAUCAAGUGUAAACAAAAAUGACUUUUACAUUGAAUCCAUUUCCAAAAUUGGGAAAAUGUUCUCUGAAUUUACUCCCACUGUAUAUUUGAUGCCUAAUGACAGUGAGAAAGAUUUCAAAGACUUGCCUAAAGUUUCAAUCAAAGAGAAUGUAUCUGAGAAAACUAGUGUAACAAGAACUCUCAGUAAUUCUAGCUCUGAAACAUCUGAUGAUGACUUGGGUGAUGUGCUGAAUUCCAUUGAAAAUAGACUCGGCUUAGCGGCGAUUGAGAGUGGACACUAUCAAGAUGGACUAAGUUUACUAAGAUCUGCAGCUGAACGUAACCAUGCUCCAGCCAUUUACAAUUUAGGGUUGUGCUAUGAAAAGGGAUUAGGUGUAACUGCUAAUGAAAAAACGGCAAUGGAGCUAUACAAGUCGGCCGCCUCACUGGAUCACCCUGAAGCCCUGUACAAUCUGGGCAUUUACUACGGACAGGGUCGAGGCGGGCUCAAAGCUGAUCAGGAAACUGCGAUACGUUUGCUACGUCUCGCCGCAGUGCAGGGACAACAGGCUGCAGUCGAGGCUCUGAAGUAUCUCAACGUGAGUAUUUCUGAGCCGCGACACAAAGACGUGAACACAUGGACUUAUGACAAACAUUCAGAUUUUACAACAAACCCACAUGUCCCAACACCAAGCGGAAUGUUUGUCGAAAAUAUAAAUUACCUGCAGGCAGCAGUGUGA